AUGCGCCGCACCUUCAUUUCCUUUUCUGCUGCAUCGGCAGCUGCCGCCGCACCUGUGACAAGUACUAAAAUGCAGACACUUCAUAAACUUCUUACGGGAGAGGUGAGCUUCAAGAACAAGGCACCAGUAAAGGACUGCAACAUUGUCCAUCAGUUUGGGGAAAAUUGGGCAACGGAGCUAUCUGCUUACGCCAAGACUCUACCGGCGGAGCAGCAGAAAAUUAUUGUACGACAAAUUGCACGUGUUAAGUUAACACGUUAUACCGUGGCUGAGCUUGCGGCAUACUGUGGCGAUGGACCUGCACUCUUGGAUGAAACGGCACGGGCAGCCAAUAUAGAGCAGGGUGUUGCUUUUGUAAAGGCAAAAGGGGUUGAGGCAUUUGAGAAAUAUGUUGCAGAGGAAUCGACGAACGCAAAUUGGAAGCCAGAGGAGGCAAAGAAAUUUAUCGAAGAUGUGAAAGCAAAGGCUAAGUAG